AUGGAUGCUACUCGCUGCAACGUUAUCUAUGUCGACCGGAUCAUUCGUCUGGACCGGGUUCACCAUUCUGGAUCUGGACACAACAUUCAAGGACAGCUGACAGACCACGUGUCUGUUGCCUGGGAAUCACGUAUUCUGGAAAACAACGUAAGGAAGCUGGCAAACGUCUUUGGCGAUGUCCACCUUUGUUCCACGGGCAGCGCAUGUAUAUCGAGACUGUUCAAUUUGCAAGACGAGUCUAUGCUGGACCUGAAGCCAACCAUUGUGCUGAUCGAUACGCCCUAUGACGAGCGAAUACCUAUGGAGGACCAGACUCGGUCACGAUCGCCAUCCCCUCAUUCAGCACCCCAGACCGGUGUCGACGAGGAUCCUUUUUCUCCGUCCGCAGACGACGUUUAUGGCCUGCGAUUGUUACAGCGCAUAGUGUCUGAGGCUCAUCUGCGCAAUCUAAGCAAACUUGUCGUACCGGUUCCUGUCAUUGACUUUCCCGAGUCCAGGGCCAAUACCUCAUAUGGCUCUGCGGCUCUGAGUCCCGAAAUAGACGGCUUUUUGUCAAUUGAGCCACAACCUCCCCGACCAGACCGACCUGCGAAUCGGCCACUUUUGAAGAGGUGUCUCACACUAGGCGCUACCGACGUCCUCCUCAGCCCCAUCCAUUCGCAAUGCAUCACCGGCCUCGAGAUCCACGCGUACUGGGCUUACAAAAGCGCCGUACGUGAUCAGCAGGUGCUAUCAGAGUUUCGGCGUGGCCGUAAACGCUCCUGGGUCGGCAUUUCUGACACGAGGCCGUACGCCUAUCUGCGCGAGAACAUGGUUGCAACUCUGAUGCGGAGAAUCUGCCAGAUGGAUGAUGCUGCCGAAUUGCCCGUGGAGACGGUCCGGCUCUCCGUUGCCGCUCGCCGGAAGACGGUCAUAUCAAAGGAAAUCGGAAACUGGCAUUUUUCUGCACACGACCUGAGUGAUGACGAGUUGGUUGAGGCUUCGGCGUUGAUGUUUAAGCAUGCGUUGAGCAUGCCGGAACUAGCACGAUUCCGGAUAGCAACAGACCAGCUGAUUUGCUUCCUCAUCGCGUGCCGGGCAGCCUAUAAUGCUUUUGUUCCAUACCACAACUUCCGUCACGUUGUUGAUGUUUUACAGGCAACGUUCAACUUUCUCGUCAAAAUCGGUGCUCUUCCCCCAUAUCCGGUGCCGUCACCGUAUGAGAAGCCUGCAACACCACUGCCGACACCGAAAUCGCCAAUGGCGUCUCUUAUCCGGCCAUUCGAGGCGCUGACCUUGCUCAUCACUGCCAUUGGCCACGAUGUAGGCCAUCCUGGCGUGAACAAUGGCUUCCUCAUCGAGCUCAACACGCCACUAGCCCAGCUGUACAAUGACCGUUCUGUUCUGGAAUCGUUUCACUGUGCAGCCUACUCCCAGAUUCUGCGGCGGUACUGGUCCGCCGCCUUCUCCGACACGAAAAUGCGGAAUUUGAUGAUUAGCUCUAUCCUUGCGACCGAUAUGGGACUGCAUUUUGAUUACAUGAAGAAGCUUCGGGUUGUUCAAGACAAACUUGCUGAGAACCCGGACGAACUUGUACUCGAAGAACAGGUCCCUUUGGCCUGUGCGCUCCUGGUCAAGUGUGCUGAUAUCAGCAACGUGGCCCGGAGACACGAUGCUGCUGUUCAGUGGAUGCACAUCCUCUCUGACGAGUUCUCCCGACAAUCAUUGAUGGAGGCCCAGCUGGAGAUCAAGUCCUCUCUGCUAUCCCAACCUACGAAGGAGCCUGUGACACUCUUUCGAUCACAGCUAGGCUUCAUGAAUUUGUUUGCCAUUCCGCUCUUUCAGGAGGUUGCCAAUGUCAUGCCCGCGAUGCAGUAUUGUGUGGACGAAUUGGUAGUCAACAAGGCUUUGUUUGAGAAGAGCAUUGCCGACGAGUUGGUCAAGCCAACCCCGGAGCUAGAAAGAGGCUGUCCGCUCAGGCUGAACACGGACAGUUCUGCACCUGCAGCAAAAAGACCAGGGGCCACUUCGGGGCAGACGGCAACAGCGAUACCAACAGCACAACGGCCCAGAGAGUACUCUGCACACGCAGAUGUCAGCGCCACACCCAGACUGAUAGGUCUAGACACCCUGUACAAGGGCGCAAACGGCGCAAACGGGCUGGGCUUGAACUUCGACUCCGCAGCGGUGUAUGCAGCAAGCGAUCCGUUCAACUCAAUCGAUAGCCGGAGCUUCACGCCCACAAAUCAGCGAGUGAGCGAGGCCACAGACGGCAGCGCGUCCCUUCCCAGCGGUGGCGAUUGGGCGUCUCAAGCCACCAGCGCAACGACCGGCAAGAUGCCACUUUCUCCCAGCACUCAGGGCACGAGCGUCGUCAGCCGCGACUCGCUGGAUCGGCCAUCCAGCGUGCCGGCUAUUUCUAUCAGCAAUACGGCCGCCGAUGGCCUGACCAAGUCUCUAUCUGGGUCGCGGAGCGCCACACACCUGCCGAUCGAAGACCAGUCAUCGAUGUCGUCAGGUGGACACAGCCAUGGUAAUGGAGGCAGCAAGCUGCAGCCGGAAAGGGGUCUAAAGAAGAAGACGAGUCGAUUUAGGUUGAACGCCUUGACUUUUCUCCGACGGCACCUCAAUCCGAGUCCACCUCUUCCAACAUCCUGCCCAAACUCUGAUAGGUCGGAUUUGUGA